AUGAGAAAUUGGUUAUCACUCUGCAAGGCCGCCCAUUCCUCAUCCUCUUUGGCUUAUCUCAACCUAAGAAUAUCAAGUGUUUGUGGCAAUUGUGCAUCAGUGCAUCAGCAGUAUGCUCCUCUGAAUGUGACAGAAAUAUCGUCACAACUCGCGUCCUCAUUGGCUGUCGCCUUCUGCAGUCCACGUAUAUUAGCUUCCACAGGUGAGAUUCCACAUCACUUUUCGCUGCUCAUCGCUAGCACUACAAUCAGCAUUGUCAGCAUGUAUGCCUGUGGUACACUGACAGAGUCGCAGCUUCCUCAUUGGUCAGCCAUGAGUGCCAACAACGCUUUCAACAGCACAAGCAACUUCGCUUCCUUCCAUCAACAGCCUUUACCCUUAUCACCCGCCGCCUCCCAUUUUGCACACGUGUCAACGCCCGUCUCGUACCUACAGCACCACUACAACGCCAUCGCACCGCCCAUGCUCUCUCCUCCCCGAGAAACCCGUCACGCCCCGAAGGAACCGCACACAUCCUCCUGCUGGAACACUGCCGCCUACGCUACUCCGCCCUCACAUGCUGCUUCCACCUACCACUUCCACCCUCACCAGUACGCCAGCCUUGCACUGGGUGGCGUGGCACACGUGAGUCCAGCUGUUCCUCAGUCCGUUCCCAGCGCCGUCACUCACGAUGCCAUUCCUCACCAACAAAGCAACAUCGCCGCCGCUCUCCUCACCGCUCACUCGUCGCUCACUGUUCGGCGUUGUCGACGAUGCCGCUGUCCUAACUGCCAGGACACUUCGCGAGACGCUUCAGCUGCCAAGAAGAGGGAACACGUGUGCCAUGUUCCAGGAUGUGGCAAGCUCUACGCCAAGACUUCUCACCUCAAGGCACAUCUGCUCUCGCACAGCGGAGAACGCCCCUUCGUGUGCCACUGGAUCUUCUGCAACAAGGCCUUCACUCGAUCCGACGAACUUCAGCGCCAUCUCAGAACGCACACCGGUGAAAAACGUUUCCAGUGUGAAGAGUGCGGAAAACGUUUCAUGCGUUCUGAUCAUCUGAACAAGCACGUCAAGACGCACCAGAACCGACGCGCCCGUCUUGCUUCUGCUUCUCCUGCCGAAGGUGACGACGUUGACGUGGAACUGUGUGACGAUGAGGAGUUUCUCUCCGUUACUCUGCCAGACUCUCCCGUGUCUGAAACGGAUUUUCAAGAGCCUAAUGAUGUAAUUGGGAAUGACCAGAUACAAAGCAUCAGCCAGCUUCUAUGAAAU